AUGAUGCUCCCAAGUUUAUUUCGGUAUAAGUUUGGAGGCCCGGAUUUCCCUGAGUGGGAGGCGAGAUCAGAUGAAUGUGUUUACUUUGUGACAGUGUUCUUGGAGAAACGCCAUAAGGAAUAUGACAGCGAGAUGCUGAUGCAAUCUAUGCUUUACCGAAUCGAAAAUGGGAGGGCUGUGGUUACUGACUCUCCUGGAGAUCGGCUUGAAACCUAUUGUAUCUCGAUCCCAGUCUAUGGACCCGGUGAAGCACCGCAUACGGUUAUUCUUGCGACUGCUAGACUAGAGGCAGAGACGCGGUUGAAUGAAAUCCAACAAGGCUUUGUGGAAAUCAAUCGAGAGCGCCUUUUUGGCCUUAAGAAUGAAGGAAUGUGUUAUAUUAUGGUAGAAGAAUUGUAUCCAGAGAAUCCCCAAUCUUGA